GUGCGAACACUGAAAAGUAUCACUAAAAAGUGCAAGUGAAAUUCUCUAGACAAACUUAAUUACUAUAUUUUUAUACAAUUAUGGUAGUGUUAGACGGUGAAGCUGGAGAUGCGAAGGCCCUAGGUACUGGAGAAACUGAGAAGGAAGAAGCGAAACCCCCAACUCUUCUUACUUUAGAAAUCUUCCGGCUGACGAAGGACGCACAGCAGCAGCAUGGGUUGCGGCACGCCGACUACCAGCGCUACCGCGGCUACUGCUCGCGCCGCAUCCGUCGCCUUAGAAAAGUGCUCAAAAUACCGCAAGGUGACCGUCGCCACUACCGGCGGCGCGACGUGACGACAGUGCACGUAUCGGGCCCGAAGGCCGAGCCGCGUCUGCUCUGCGUGCCGCUGCUGCAGGCCGAGCGCGCCUGGGCCCACGCCAUGCAGCUCCGACAGGAAGCCAACACCGAGCCCAGGAAGAAGUUCCACCUCGUUUCUAGGCUGAAGAAGGCUUAUGCACACUCGCAGUCGCUGCUGGAGCUGUGUGAGAGUGGUGUAUGCGACGCCCGCACGCAGCUGGAGGCAGGCGCGUACGCGGCCUGGCUGAGCGGCGUGCUGCUGGUGGAGCUGCAGCAGUGGCGCGGCGCGGCCGAGAGCCUGCAGCGCGCGCAGCUCGUGCUCGAGAACCUGUGCGCCGCCCUCAACGAGGAGGAGCGCACCGUGUACAAGCAGAAGGUGGAAGAACUGAAGCCUAGCCUGCGUUACUGCGCGUACAACAUCGGCGACCAGUCAGCGGCGGGCGACCUCGUGGCCAUGCGCGGGCAGGGCCUCAUCGAGAACCUGGAUACGCUGAUGGCUCAAGCCAAGGAGUCCCGGUCGGGCGUGAUGCACGAGGUGGAGUGGCGCGGGCGGCGCGUGACGGUGCGGCCGCAGAAGGCGCGCAUGUUCCUCAUCACGCUGCAAGACCUAGACAAGUCCGCCGCCGCCGCGCCCUCCACCGAGGCCAAGAUCGACAUCCUCGACAACAUACUCAUCGACGUCAAGGACGCCAUUUCCGCCAUCAAGGACGAGAUCAAGAACGACCCCAAACUCAAAACCACCGAGGGCACCCAGUCCGGCAUCUACUAUCUUCUCUCGUAUCUGAUGUAUCUUCGUCUCAUGCGCACCAUCGAGAGGAACAACCUCUUGGUUCAACAAGCCGAGACCGCGCGCAAGAAUAACACUCAGAUAGACGGAAAGAAAGUCCGUCCUCAAGACUUGACGAGGCUCUACGAGAUCAUUCUUCAGAACUUCAAUGAGCUUCAACAACUCCCUGGCUUUGAGAAUGACGCGGCGUACCAGCAGGAAAUAGAAAUCCAGAUGAAGGCGUACAAGGCCUUCCGGUGCUACUACAUCGCCCAGGUGUUGACCGGGCUCCGGCGCUUCAGGGAAGCGCUGGCCAUGCUCGAACGCUGCAGCACAUACACUGUCGAAUCCAUCGCUAGCAAACUCGACGAUAAACAGUUGCGAGAAAAAUUGGAAACCCUGAAGAAAGACAUUGAAAGCUGCAAGUUUGAAGUGCACGCCGAUUCGGUGCUCGAAGACGACGACGAGGAGGAAGAAAAAUACACCUCUAGCGGCAAACCGUACAAAGAUAAGAAGCCUCUGGUGGACCGCUUGGACGAGUAUCGCGAGGACACUCAAGUGUUGACCAAGAACCCUAACAUCUUCAGGAUGCCGCCGCCUAUGGAGGCGAUUCCUUGCAAGCCGCUGUUCUUCGACCUGGCGUGCAACUUCAUCGAGUUCCCGAACCUGGAGGACAAGACGGGCGCGGCCGACAGCAAGAAACAGGGCGCCGGCAUCACGGGCCUGGUUAAGGGGUUCUUGGGCUGGGGUAAAAGCGACAAGUAGGGGGUUUUAUACGCAUUUUAUUUGGUUGUUCAUAAGCGGCAAAAUAUAUGUAUCUGUAUGAA